AUGGAUGACUCAAUCAACGACCUGUCGGUCCUCGAUUCUGAGCGCACCAAUGCUGUUCAGCAGGCUCUGGGCCGACUUCUUGCUAUGGAAGUUGCCGAAGCCAGCUACUCCAACAUCCUGGAUGGACUUCCAACCAUCAAAAUUUGGCGCGAGUCCCAUCUUAAGCAGCAUGGGCACCCUGUCUUCGAGUUAAACCAUAGAUCGCUGUGUCCUAGGAUCGUCGAAAGAAUUCGGGCCUUCAGACAACAUUUUAACCCUUUGCAGCUGUCCUUUACCCCUGCCUGUACUUGUAUGGGCUCGAUGAGGGAGCUCACAAGCACCGCGUUCACCAAGAAUGACGAGACCAGCAGCUUGGAAAGGCAGACGACUAUUUUGGACCGACCCCCUUUUGGGUCCGCUACAGACAUCGACCAAUAUCCGAACGGCGUCGCCGAUAUGGUCAGAUACUGGGCCGGGGCUAGAAUUUUUGGUGGUGUUGUCCUCUUCGACCGCGGACCUUCUGGCACAGAGGCGAGUCUUGUGCAAGCCAACUGCGAAUGA